AGGGAGAGGAAGAGGGUUCUAAGUUUUAGAAGCUUUAUUCUUUCAGUCCUGUUAAUAAAUUUUUCUUCAUACCUUUUAAGUUUUAAGCCUGUUUUCCCCUUCUCUGAAUCCACAUCUCACAGCAAGAAAUUAGUAAGUGCACAAGUAAUUUUAGCCAACGCUAAACCCUCCACAUUAUUUAGUUCGUUAGCCGGGAAACUCAAAUUGGCAAAUGUAAACCACUGCACCCGUCCCUCAGGCAGUGCUCAGCCAAUCAGGGGGCGCGGCGUUGAUGACUCACCGGUUGCCAGGCAGAUCUGCAGCUCGGCUGGCCGAGAGCCCAGCGCUGCCCCAGGCCGAGCUGGCCCAGCUCCAUCCGUGCCCCUGCGGUGGGAUGCUGUGGGAGUGGGGGGGAAGAGGGAGGCGGCAGUGGGUGCUGGGCCUGGGGGCAGGAGGAGAAGGUAAGGAGAAGCAGGAUUGAAGAACAAAAUGGUCAAACAAUGCCCAUGGAGGGAAGUGGUUUUCCCCUUUAUGUGAGGAGAUUGUGCAGGAAAAGAAGGAAGAGUAGGAGGAAGAGGAGUGGGAGGAAGAGUAAGAACACAGGAGGAGAUGGAGGAGCAAGAAGAGGAAGCAGCACAAGGUUCCACCCUUCCCUGUACCUACAGCCCCCCCAGCCCCAGGAGCGCUGCCCACCCUGACAUGCAGCAGGUGACCAGGAGGGUCACCUUUUCCAUGACCUUCACGGGACUGAAUCUUGGUAUUUCUGCGCUUUAUUAGGAUAAAUGUUGGUGCUUUGGUUUCUUGCAGGGGCUGAAUCUUUCUAUUUUGGAGGAUGUUUUGGGCUGAAUCUUGGUGUUUUGGAAAUUCUUACAGACACAAGAUGCCCAAUGACUUCCUGAGAUGAACUUGGGCAAAGAAGAACCCACAGCCCAAGGCGCUCUCCUCUUGUUUUUUUCCCCCAAACCAGGAUUUUAGAUUCCCAAACUGGCUGGAUGGAGGAGAAGAAAAAGCCCCAAAGAUGCCUCACAAGGAGGGGCUGCAAACCCAACCCAGGGAGCUGCGAGGAGGAAAGAUCCCCCCAGUGCCAGCAACACGGCCAGAGAUCCAACCAGAGCUCAAAGCUGAGGGAGAAGCCCCACAAGUGCUUGGAAUGUGGGAAGGGUUUCAGGUACAACUCCAGGCUGAGCCGGCACCAGGUGAUCCACACUGGGGAAAAGCCCUACGAGUGUGGGAAAUGUGGGAAGAGUUUCAGAGAUACCUCUGACCUGAUGACACACCAGGUGGUCCACACAGGGGAACGGCCCUACACCUGCUUGGAAUGUGGGAAGAAUUUUGGUCAGAGCUCCACCCUGAGAAAACACCAGCGCAUCCACACUGGGGAGAGGCCCUACGAGUGUCCCCAGUGUGGGAAGAGGUUUCAGACCAGCUCCAAUGUCCUCCUACAUGAGCGGAUUCACACAGAGGAGAGGCCCUUCCGCUGCCCCAACUGCGGGAAGGGCUUCAAUCGCAACUCCCACCUCAUCAGGCACCAGCGCAUCCACAGUGGGGAGAGGCCCUACGAGUGUCCCCAGUGUGGGAAGAGCUUCUCCAGGGGCUAUCACUUGACCCAACACCAACGGAGGCACCAGUAAGGGAAGCCCUGCGAGUGCCCCGAGUGCGGGAAGAGCUUCGUGCCCUGCUCCAGCUCCAUCCCCCAUGGGAGGAUCGGCGUUGGAUGAUCCCCAGUGACCCCCGUUGGGCAGAGCCCUGGUGAUCCGUGGUCCUGGUGAUCCGUGUUGGGAAGACACCUGGCUGGGAGGCUCCACAUCUUCCUGGCUCCCUGUGGGCACCUGGAUGAAAUCAGGGGAAUGAAAGUCCAUUAGGACACAGACCAACAAUGGGAAUUCCUUGUGGGGAGUAGAUUUGUUGACUUUCAAUCCCAGAAAAUCUUUUAAAUUCAAUCCUAUCUUCUGGUGGCAUCAAGGAAUACUGUAUGGUCUUGGAGGUCUUUUCUAACAUCAGUGAUUCCACAAGUUUAAUUUCCUUCCGCCCAAGGGUGUCUUUCUCAGCAAAAUGUUGAUGGUUUUGGGCAAAGAUCAGUAUUUUGGAGACAGUGGGGUGGAAAUCCCCCGAAAAAGUUCUUUCCUCCCACCCAACUACGUGGAUCAUCAGCUGGCAUGGACACAGAAAUCU